GAUUUAAUUUCAUUGUUUUUUGUGUUGAGUACAAAUUUUAAUAUAGUGUAUUGAUGUUUUCUAGUAGUGUUAAUACCUGUACGAACCUUCAAAACCAAGGGUACAAUUAAAUUUGUAUAGCGGAGAUCUGUCCAUAAUACUUUGAAAAGGUAUUUUUUAUUUUAAUUAGAGUUGUUAUAUGUUAAGAUAUUAUAAUAUACAUGUUUGCUUUUGUUGUUAAGGAAUUUUUUUUCAUUACUUACUUAUGUUGAUGUCUAUGUGAGACUGGUAGUUUGGUCACAUAUUACUUUCACCCCCUUGGAAUCAAAAAAUGAUUUCCUUUAGAACAACAUAAGAUUUGCUUUUAGAAAAAGUCUUACACUGGAUACAUAGGAGCAAGAUUUCUAGUAGACAUGUUGCUCACAGAUACAAAAAAAUUAAAAAAAUAUAAUAACAAUAGCGUUAUUUUAGUUUGUUAAUUACUAAAUAUGUUUACAUAAUUAUACAUAUUUUUUUAUGUACAGAAUAAUACAAAUUAGUGAAUUACCUAAGAUAUUUGAGAUAAUUUGUUAUAUUACAUACUAAGUUUAUUCUUUAUUAAUAACUAAAUUAAUAUUUAUAAUAACAAAAAUAAAUUUUAUUUGUUUAUAUUUUACUUUAAAUUUAAAAAAAUUCACCGAGUUGAUAUGAUUUGUUAAUUUUUUAAAUUAAUUUAUAAUUAAUAUAUCAAUAUAUAUUUAUUAAAAUUUAAAAUGUAUAGUAUUAUCAUUAUUUAAUUUUAUUUUUACAAUCAAUGGGCAAUGUCCUUAAGAUAUAAUAAGAUAUACAGAAUAUAAUUAAUAAUAUAUAGUAAUACAAAGUAAUAGAGUAAUUAAAUACUCAAUAAAGAAAGGAGAGGUCCCCAUUGGUGAAUAACAUUAAAUGUCUUAUUUGUUUGUUUUUCAUAUAGUUGUAUUUGAAUUGAGGAAUAUUAAAUUUGUGUACAAGUAGGAUUUUGAGGAAUUUUAAAGUUGAUAGGCGAUGAAAGAGCAGGAAAGUCUAUAGCAUUAGAUAACAGACCACUUGCAAAAGUCUUGCCUUACAUCCAUAGAUAGUCCGCUAAGGAGUCUAAGCCAAGAAUUUUUAAGACUGGGGUGUAACCAGGAGGGAAACAUUCAGUGUUGCACCAAGAUAACUAAAAAUUUAUCUAGAUAAGAUAAAAAAUAAUUAGAUACAAUUUAUCUAGAUAAAGAUAAAAGAUAGUUAAAAUCUAAAUUAUCUAAAUAAAGAUAGAAGAUAAAAAAAAUAUUAGCAUAGUAUUUUAUUAAAGUUUAAUGAAAAGACACAAUUACUAAUUUUGAUUAACUUCUAAUAACAAUAUUCUGAUUUCAGACUAAUGCUGAUUGACCAGAUUGAUUCCAGAUAAAAUGAAUGAUUUAAAGAUAAAGGGGGAUGAUUCACCAAUUCCGGUUAAAGACAUUCAAAGCGUAAUUCCAAAAGACAAGUUUAGUAUUAAUUAAUAAUAUUUUUAAUAUGAUUAUACUUGGUAAUUAAAUAACUGUUAAUAGAUCACAAAUUUUAAAGUGGAACGGUUGGGGAUACAAUGACUCAAAAUUUAAUGUCACUGAUAAAGGAAUAAUUCGUUUUACCAGCAAAAGGUAAAUAAUAUUAUUUCAAUUUGCUUUGUAUUUAUACCGAUUUUGUGGUUUUAAAUUAAAAUGCAAAAAAAUCACAAUUUCAAAUAUAAAAUAGUUUGUUCAUAAUUAAAAUUAUAUUCAAAAAUAAUAUUAAUUUUUAAAUAUUACAGGUAUUCUAUUGGAGAAAAAAAUUUACCGUAUUUCACUGAAUGGGUCAAACAAGUAUUGAAUAUUGAUCUUACUUUAAGAAAUGUGCCCAGAGAUAAAUUUAGUCCUGAUGAGUUACCACCAGCUUAUGUACCUGUUGGUUAGUAAUCAUUUAAUGUAAUAAAAAUCUUAUUUUGUCUAUACUUGAUUAAUAUAAUAUAAUACAAUUUUCCAGAUUUUUUGAAUGCGUUAAAAGAAACUAAAAUUGAUUAUACAAUGGAUGGUCUAGCCAGACUUUCACGAUCUCAUGGUCAAACUCUAUAUGAUAUUUAUUCUCUUCAACAAGGUGAAUGUUUUCCACGAAUUGCUGACAUAAUUAUUUGGCCUGGUAUGAAUUUUAAUUUUAUUUUUAAUUGUCUAUGUUUAUUAAAAAAAAAUUGUUUUGGGUUAGUAAGUCACAAAGAUGUAGUACAAAUAAUUGAGUUAGUUAAUCAAUACAACGUUGUAAUUAUUCCAUUUGGCGGCGGAACUAAUGUGUCUGGAUCAGUUAGUUGUCCAGUGGAAGAAAAAAGAUGUAUAGUUACUGUGGAUACUUCACAAAUGGUAACUAUAAUUAUAACGAUAAUAAAGCUUAUCAUUACUGUAUUAAUCUAAGGCUGAUUAGAUAGUGUUAGGCAGUAUUAGUUAUUUUUGUUAGUCAAAUAAAAAAAAAAAAUUGUUUUUGUAAAGUGUUCACAACCUAAACAAAACACUAUUAAACAAAAAAACAGAUGUCAAGAUAUCAUCUGAUAAAGAUUUUGCAAUUUGUAUGUGAUACACAUUAAAUAAUUUAAAAGAAAACAAUUAUGGAUUCACCUAUCAAAUAAAAAAGCAUCACUUAUAAUUUAAUUUUUAUCUUUAUUAUGGAAAUUGUAUUUAGACGAAAGUAAAUUAAAAAAUAUAUACAUAAAUAUAAAAUUUGGGAGCUUGUAUGUAAUAAGUAUUAAUAUACAGCGUGUAAUUAUUUACAGUUAUAAUUAACUUUUUUAAUAUAUUAAUAUUAAAAUUACCAUCAACGUUCAUUCCUUUGCUAAUUUCUUCCCAUAACUUGUCUUAAACAAUUUUAUUGUUAUGCUCUUGUCAUUAAAAUCAUAAAUAGAUGGUCUCAUUCCCAUUAAAUUAACCAAGUUUUUUGCAUUACAAGAUAUGUGAUAAGUUUAUAUGAAAAAUAUUAAAAAUAAAUACAAAUAGACACAAGUUAUUUUUUCUUAUCUAGUUGUGACCAUUGAUAAAAGGAAACACUUAUUGUGACUAAUGAAAAAUAUGGACACUUCAGACAGUAUCAGUUAUAAACUAAUUGGGUUAAAAGCAAAAAUGUAUUGUUUUGUCUUUUUCUAAUCAGUGUGUGUAUGCAAUGUAAUUUCCUAUAUUCUAUUUUUAGGCUGACUAAUACUGUCUAACACAGUUUUACUCUUUUGGUGUGUGGCUGACCUAAUAUAAUACAAAUGGGUCUUUAACAUUUUUGUUUUCUUAAUAGUGUUUGGGAAUUGCUAAAAGUAUAUCAUAAUAACAAUAAAAUGUGAUUAUAUUUAUAUUUUAUAGAAUCACUUAUUAUGGUUGGAUGAAUCAAACUUACUGGUGUGUUUUGAAGCUGGAGUCACAGGUCAAGAGUUAGAAGCUGUCCUAAAUAAACGAGGUUAUACAUGUGGACAUGAACCCGAUUCAUACGAAUUUUCUAGGUAUUCACAAAAAUAGGAAAAGUUUGGAUUAAUCAAUUUUGGAGCGUUUUUAUUUAUAAGUAUAUAGUAACAUUGAGAUUCUGAGUGGAGCGAAGAAGCUUGUGGUUUUACAAAGAUAUUUAUUUUUAUUUUAUUUUUAUUUUCACCUGUGCGUAGCUCUUCUAGUCUGUGGACACGUUUUUUCUUAGUAAAUUUGUUCUGAUUUUUACAUGUAGCAACUUUUCUGAAAGCUCAAGUUGUUUAGAUGAUACUUAAAAGAAGUUAUUUUAAGUUUCUUUUGAGCUUUUAAGGAAUUUUAAUUUUUGGAGUUUUUACUGUAAUUUGGUUAUAAAAAGUCUAGAGACUUGAAACUUGGUAAUAAUACUUAUAUUGGAUUCACCUAGAGGUGGUAAAAUCAUCGGACCACAUUUUUUUUCCUUUUCUUAAUAAACGUUUUGAAAUCAAAUUUAAACAAAAAUCGCAAAAAAAAUUACGGCACUUUAAAUUAAGUUUAAAUUAAGUAUUACCGAACUACGCGGAAUCCUUUUUCAUCAAACAAUGGUUUAUCCUUGCUUAUAGAUAUAAAUGAAAUAACCUUAUGUAUCCUUGCCAACUUCUCACCUACAACAGUGGCCACUUCUAUCCCAUUCCCUAUAUCAACUCUUUUUUUUACAUUGCACUUGACAUGUGCUCAUUAAACUACAUUGUUAUUUCUCAUGUUUAGUUUUUUCUAUUAUUUUAAUAUUAGUCUAGGAGGUUGGGUCGCUACUAGAGCGUCAGGCAUGAAGAAAAAUGUGUAUGGAAAUAUUGAAGAUUUAGUUGUCGAUGCAACAAUGGUCACUCCUAUAGGGAUCAUUGAAAAAAAUUCUAAGGUACCAAGAAUGUCUUGUGGUCCAGACUUCCACCAAAUUUUUUUAGGAUCAGAAGGUUUGUUAUUUAUUAUUCAAAGUGAAUUGUUUUGAUGUUCAGUGUUUUACUAUCUUUUUUUUUUUCAGGUACAUUGGGUUUGAUCACCAAAGUUGUCUUGAAAAUUCGACCUAUUCCAGAUUGUCGUGUUUAUGAUUCAGUGGUUUUUCCUAACUUUGAGUCUGGAUUAAAUUGUAUGAGAGAAAUUGCUAAACAAGUAUGUUUUAUUUUAUACUUUUGAAGUUUAAAGAUUUUAAUUAAAUAAUUAUGUUUAAAUGGAUAGAGGUGUCAACCUGCAUCUAUAAGGUUAAUGGACAAUACACAAUUCAGAUUUGGUCAGGCAUUACGCCCAGCUGAAAAUAUUUUUAAAGAGUUUUUGGAUACUAUCAAAAAAAGUUACUUGACAUAUAUGCAUGGUUUUAAUCUGAAUUCCGUAUGUGUUAUGACACUUCUAUUUGAAGGUGAUUGAUUUUAUUAAUUUUUUUCUGUAUAAUAGUCUACAUACGGGCUGUCCCAUAAAGAUAUACCCCUUGAAUAUCUCUGAAAGGAUGGGGAUUACAAAUAUUUAUAUUUAAAUUAAUUUUUUUUAACUAAACAAAUUUAAAAAAUAACUUUAUUAUAUUAUUUGUGGAAAAUUUUAAGAUCCUGUAGAGUUCAUUUUUCUGAAAAUUGUAUUGUAUAACACAUUUUUAUCCUAGGAAUAGUUUCUAAGUAACAGCUGUUCUAAAUUCAAACAAUUGCAAUAGUUAUUAUAGGUUAUUCUUUAGAUAACAUCAGUUUUCACAAGGAUUAGUUGAAUUUAGAACAGCUUUUAAUUAGCAACUAUUCAUCAAAUAUAAAUAUGUGAUGCAUUAAAAUUUUCCAAAACUAAUAAAAUAAAGUUAUUUUUUAAAUUUGUUGAGUUAAAAAAAAAAUUAAUUCAAAUAUAAAUAUUUGUAGUCCUAAUCCCUGUGAGUAUUAUAAAAAAGCAUAAUUUGAUAUAUUUAUUAUCUCUGGAAAUAAUCAAGGGGUUAGCCUUUGUGGGACAGCCUGUAUAUAAUAAAUUAUUCUAAAACAAACUAUUUGUAUUAAAAGUUUUUAUUAUUUUUUUAUUUUUAGGAAAAAAUCUUGAAUUAAAUUUACAUAAAGAUCAAAUUGCCAAAAUUGCUAAGUCUUUUGGAGGUAUGAUGGCAGGUGAAAAAAAUGGAGAGCGUGGUUAUAUGUUAACCUUUGUUAUAGCUUAUAUACGUGUAAGAAAUAAUAUAUUUUUAUUUUAUAAGAUAAAAAAAUAUUAAUCAAAAUAAAUUUAGGAUCUUGCAUUAGAGUACAGAGUUGUAGCUGAAUCAUUUGAAACAUCAGUACCUUGGGAUAAAACUCUAAUUUUGUGUGACAAUGUUAAAAAAACUAUAGCAGACCAGUGUAUUAGUAAGUGAAUUUUGUUGGAAAUUUCCAUACCUAACUAAUUGUUAUUGUAAUUUUUUUUUAGAAUUCAAUAUUAAAUAUUAUAUAAUUAGUUGCCGGAUUACUCAAACAUAUGAUUCUGGAUGUUGUGUGUAUUUUUAUUUUGGUUUUAAUUGGUCUGGACUAUCAGAUCCUGUAUCCACAUAUUACAAAAUUGAAAAUAAAGCACGGGCCACUAUCUUGGAUUCUGGAGGUUCUAUAUCCCAUCAUCAUGGAGUGGGCAAACUCAGAAAACAUUGGUAUCAACAAAAUACCACCAACACGGUAUUAUCACUUUACAGUGUAACCAAAAACACGUUGGACCCAAAAAAUAUAUUUGCUAAUGGCAAUAUUAUUAGUAUUCCAUUGUCCAAAAUAUGAACUGCAAUUUAAAAUUAAUCACAUUUAAGUUUAUAAUUAUACAUCUAGUGCCCACUACAAGUAGACAAUUUAAAAAAAAAAGUAGAUUGAAUGAAUUGCUGAACUGGACUCUUUUUAUUGUAUUGUAAAAUGCACAACUGUUUUGGUACAUAU